AUGCUAGUUUGGAAUAUCAGAGGGGCUUCCCGAAGGGACUCUUUGCGCUAUCUGAAGAAGCUGUGCUACGAUAACAAGGUUAGGUUAUUAUUUCUAUUAGAACCAAUGUCUGCGGAGUGUCAGUUGGAGGUGGUUCGGAGGUUUUUAAAUUUUGAUUUCUCAGCUCUUUAUAUUGGUGGUAAAAUAUGGGUGUUUUGGUCGUGCCUCUUAAGAUUUAGCUGUGUCGAGUACGCUGAGCAAAUGCUUCAUGCUCACGUUUCCUUUGGCUCUGGGGCAUCCUUUUGGGUGUCUGCGAUAUAUGCCAAGUGCACGAGGGUUGGGCGGAGGCCACUCUGGGAGGCAAUGGAAAGUGUGGCUUCCUCGGUCUCACACAAUCAACCCUGGGUAGCAGCAGGCGACUUUAAUGUCAUAGCUUCGGCAGCGGAGCGUGAAGGGGGGGCUCCAGCUAAUGUUCGGAACAUAGAAGAAUUUAAUGCUUCCAUGUUCAAAUGCGGGCUAUCUACAAUUGAUUUUGAUGGGUCUCGAUUCACAUGGACUAAUGGGUCAGUCUGGCAGCGCUUGGAUCGGGCGUUGGGGAAUAGGCGGUGGUCCGAGGUCUAUCCGCUUUCUAGGGUUUCCCAUAUGGCCAGAGGGAGAUCGGAUCACAGUCCGUUGUUGAUUCGAUGUGCAGGCUAUAGGGCUACAUCGUCUUGCUUUCGGUUUCUUAAUGUUUGGCGCGGGCACCCCCAGUUCCGGGAGAUAGUGUUCGCCGCAUGGAGUAAGGAGGUCUAUGGCAUGGGGAUGGUUAGAUUCUACAACAAGCUCAAAACGGUGCGAGAUGCAUUGAAGCAAUGGAACCGUGUGGUCUUUGGCAAUGUCUCUUCUCAGGUGGCAGAGGCGGAUCAGGAGGUAAAACAGAGGGAGGUGGAGUACGAUUUGGUUAGAAGUGAGGAGUCGAAGAUUCAUCUUCAUGAGGCCAGAGCGAGAUACAAUCGGGCCCUUUCCAUGGAGUGUGAGUUUUGGCAUCAGAAGGCAGGUAUUAAAUGGUUACAGGCGGGGGAUGCUAAUACUGCAUUUUUUCAUUCUUGGGUCCGCCAGCGUCGGAACUCGAAUUUCAUUUCCCGUAUUAGGAAAGAGGAGGGGGGAUGGCAUGAAGACCUGCAGGAGAUUAAGGACUCAGCGAUAUCCUUUUUUUCGGACUUGUUCGCAUCCAACCGUCAGGUACAGGCCCUCACUGAGCUUCCUUUUGAGGUUCCUAGAGCCACCCAGGAGGAUAAUGAGAUUAUGAAACGUCUUCCUACGAUGGAGGAAAUCCAUGAGGUAGUGUUUGGAAUGGAGAUACAGAGUGCUCCGGGUCCGGAUGGGUUUGGAGCAGGUUUUUUCCAAAGCUGCUGGGACAUUGUCAAGGAUGACUUGCUUAUGGCUAUCCAGGACUUCUUCCAGGGUAUGGAGCAACCCAGGAGCUGGUCCCACUCUAUGGUGGUGCUCAUCCCAAAAGUGGAGGGUGCAUCCCACUGGCGGGAUUUUCGGCCUAUUAGUCUUUGUAAUGUAACCUCUAAGGUUGUGUCUAAGAUAUUGGCCAUCAGGAUCAGCAAGCUCCUCCCGAAGCUCAUUUCACCAUGGCAAACAGGUUUUGUUCCGGGGCGUGGGAUAGUGGACAAUGUUCUUUUGGCACAGGAGCUGAUUUUAGACUUGGAUAGGAGGUUGAUUGACCCGAAUUUGAUCUUGAAGCUGGACAUGGAGAAGGCAUAUGAUCGGGUUGAUUGGUCCUUUCUACUUUUUCUGCUUAGGCAGUAUGGGUUUGAAGAGGUAGUAGUGGAUUUGCUCUUUCGAACGUUUUCUAACACUUGGUUCUCGAUCCUAGUUAAUGGGGAACCAACGGGUUUUGUGAAGUCAUUUCAAGGGGUGCGACAGGGUGACCCUCUUUCUCCUGCGCUUUUCUUAUUCGUGGCGGAUUUUCUUGGGAGAGGGCUGCAAAGGAUUUUUGAUUCCAAGGACAGUAGAUACUUCGUUUCUGCUGGGUCGAAAGUGCCGUAUUUAGCCUUUGCGGAUGAUAUGGUCAUCUUUACUCGGUGCUCGCAGGAUGCGUUGGUGUCCAUUAAGGAUUUUUUGCAGCUCUACCAAAGUUGUUCUGGUCAGAAGGUGAAUAUUGCUAAGAGUGCUUUUUACGCUUCGGCUAGGGCUACAGACACCCAGCGGGCCCUGGUAAGCACGACCCUGGGGUACCAGUGCCAGGUUUUUCCGUUCAGGUAUCUAGGGGUGCCGAUGAUUCGCGGUAGGGUCACAUGUGCAGUGUUUGAUGCGUUGCUGGGCAAGGUACUCCAACCGCCGAAGGCUGUGCUGCUGCAGUUAGGCCGUCUGUGCAAUGCUUUCUUGUGGGAUACCUCUAUUGAAAGCAAACGGAUCCACUGGGCGGCUUGGGAUAAGGUGUGCCGUCCGGUCGAGGAAGGGGGCCUGGGGUUUCGCCCAUUUGAGGAUGUCGCUAAGGCUUUCUCAUGUAAGCUUUGGUGGAAGUUGAGGGAACGGGCAUCCAUUUGGGCAGAGUUCAUGCACGUUAAGUAUGUCAGAGGGGGGCAUCCUCUUCUAGUUUCAGUUGACCGCCCGUCCCCAAUUUGGCGCCGUUUGAUAGAGGUGAGGGACCUCGCGGAGGGGAAUAUCCGGUGGUGUCUGGGGGAGGGCUUAGUUGACUUUUGGCAGGACAGGUGGUGUACUGAUGUUCCGCUCGCCAGGUUGGUGCCAGGCCCUAAGUCUCACAGGUUGGUAGGGGAAUUUUUUCUUUCUGAUGGUUGGGAUGAGCAGUGGCUCAGAAGGCUGCUUCCGGGGCACUUAGUGUCGAAGAUCUUGGAGCUGCGUAUUUUUCCCAAUAUGCAAGACCAAAUGAUUUGGGCGGCGUCACCUUCGGGGAGCUUUACUCUGUCUUCAGCUUGGGACGUUCUUCGGUCAAAGCGUAAUCGAUCUGUUAUUGAUUCGCUGGUCUGGAGCUCGGUGGUCCCUCUGAAGGUAUCCUUCUUUGUGUGGAGGUUGUUGCGUGGUUGGCUCCCCUUGGAUGAUCUCCUUCAAGGUAGAGGGUUGAGGUUAGCGUCAAAGUGCUACUGUUGUGGCCUAGCGCCAGAAACAGGAGACCAUCUUUUUGUCUCGGGCCCUUUAGCGAGCAGGGUUUGGCGGCACUUCUCCUGCCGCUUUGGGCUGGUACUCCAGGGGAGUGGGGUGGCAUCGAGGCUUUCAUGUUGGCUCUUUUCUCACCGGUUUGUCUCACAGAAUCAUAUUCGUGUCAUCCUCCCGCUCUUGAUCUUGUGGUUUAUUUGGAAGGGCCGUAACAAGGCCCGCUUUGAGGGGAUGAGUAUGUCGUCAGAUCAGGUAACCAACCAGGUGUGCGCAUUGGUUGAGCAGUUGGGUAGGGGGGGCCUGUUCAAGUUGGAGUUCUUCAAAGGGGACACAGAUUGCGACUGGGUGAGAUUCGGUAAGGCUAAGAACAAAUUGAUACAGCUUCGAGCCUUUUCUUGGGUAAAACCUACAGGGCAAGCGGUGAAACUCAACACUGAUGCUAGUGUGGUAAGCGGGCGGUCAAGUGGUGGAGGGGUGGUGCGCUCGGGUGAGGGUAAUUUAGUGUUUGCCUUUUAUAAGGAGUUUGGAGAGCAAGACGUUCUCUCCUCAGAGGCGUUGGCUUUGCUGGAGGGUCUUCGGUAUUGCCAGGACAACAAUCUCACGGGAGUCAUAGCAGAAGUGGAUUCUAGUACUUUAGUGCAUCUCGUGUCCGUUAAGAUGACGGCUGGCUGGCCGUUAUGCAACACAAUUAGGCAUAUUCGGUGCUUGGUGGCAAAAUUGGGGGUGUCUCUGGUUCACACGUUCAGAGAGGCUAAUGCGGUCGCCGACGCUUUGGCCUCCUCGGACCUACGAACGGAUGCCCGAUUUUUCAGUGAAAGAGCUCUCCCUUCUAAAGUUCGGGCUCUUUUGCAGUUAGACAGGUUGUCAACUCCGUAUGUGAGAGUCUGUACGGUCUCAGGGUAG